AUGCCGGAUGGGGCUGUUCACGUCAAAGUGACCAGGCGAGAAGAACCCAGACGCGACCAGUCACAGUCCGCUUCCAGUCAAACCGAGGAGGGGGGCAAGGGAGAUGCGACGAAAUUACUAGAAGAUGGCGAAUGCGGAAGGUGCCGCCAAGGGCGUCGAUAGAACGCUUGGGGUCAAAAUGAGGAAAUGGUCUCAAGAACCGCAAAAAUCCACGAUUGGGGGUAAGGGUUCGAAAUCGCGGGGGCCCGAGUGGAAUUCUAACGAGCGUAUCUGGUCGGCAAAGCUGAGGCGGCUUAGGACGUGCACGUCAACCUAGCCACGCCACUUCUUCCAGAGGAUUCGUCAGGAAGGAUAGCACGUUAUGUAAGGGGCGUGAUGUAUGAACUGAAAAAUCAGAAAAUUAACAUUUCUGAUGAGGGAUCCUAGGAAGCGAUAUUACACACAAAGGAAGAAAAUGCGGUCGGAUACGGAAAGUUAGUGAAGGCGUCCUACAUUCCCGAUGGCCCUUUCUCGUUGUCAUAAAGAAUGUUGUCCGGGAAGGAUGAGGAAAAUAAAAGUUUAAUCAAGUCAGUAUUCAGAUAAAGGCGCAGCCCUCUCUUAAGAGUUUGUAGAUUAUCUGAAGAUUUUUUAUUUAUUGGAAGGUUAUUCCAGAGGAAAUUUUACUUGGAAGCGAAAAAAAGAGAUCGCUUAGAGGUGGAGGAAGCGGGAGGAGGUAUAAUCAGGGAAGAAUUGCGACGAUUGUAUGCGAGACAACUAGGAAUAAGUGCUGAAAUUCGAGGGAGACUUAAACUAUUAUUAAUGCGAAAUAGGAAACAGAAGCCUGCUUACUUAGACAGGUAUGACUUUAUAAAGUCGAUUAGGUGACUGCGAACUCCCAAAGCGUCUAAUUUAACCAAGAGUCUUUUAUGUGACACUUUAUCAAAGGCUUUACUAAAAUCAAAAUAGAUAACGACAACAGAUAGAUAGUCAUUUCGAAGAGAAGUUAGUAGAUUGAGAAACGACAGAUGGCAUGUUUCACAAGAGCGAUCUGAUAAAAAACCAUGCUGGAAAGGGCUAACAACUUGAUUGGUUAUGCAAAUUCGUCAAUUUUCAAGGCGAUUAUUUUUUCGAAGAUUUUGACGGGAGAAGAUAUUUUAUGGACCCAUUUGAUAGUUUGAACAUCAGAACGACAGCCAGACUUAGAUACUAUAAUGAUCAUAGAGGUUUUCCAAUAGUCAGAAAAGAAGCCAUUUACGAGAAAUAUUGAAAAGAGUUUGUCAAGCAGAGGAGGAAAAUCUCUUAGCUGCUUUAUAAGAGAGUUCGGGAUAUUGUCCGUACCUACUGAGUGAGAGUUAGGAAAAUUGUUUAUCAGUAUUUGAAUAACUUCAGGAGAAAAAAUAAAUGAUGCUGAGAGAGGCAUCAUACAACGUAGGAAUUAAAGGGAUUGGAUCAGUUUCAAUGGUGAAAUGUUUGGCAAACAAUGAACAUUUAUGCUUUGCCUGACAACUCUGGAAUGAAGGUUUCGUUGGUACUAAGCAAAGGCGGGAUGACUUGGUGGGAUUUGGCAGAUGGUCUUUGACGGAAGGCCUGAGCGACAGACCUAGAAACAUUUGCACCACUGACAGCUAAAGAUUCUCAACGCCUAUCUUGCUCGAGCAUCAUUUUCGAAGCUAAUUCAAGUAUUUCAACGAUUCUUAGAUGAACUAAUAAUGAGCUCACAGAAGGGUCUUUAAACUGCUUCCAUAGCUUUUUAAACCCGCUUUUAAUAAAAUGUAGGACAGCGGGGGAAGUGACACUCGAUUUAAACAUCUUACGUUGAAUGAGGUCGAGAAGACCCUCUGUUACGCACUGUCAUAUAUCGUGGAAAAAAUUUAGCUCAUUAUUUGAAAAAAAUAUUGUGCCGAUCAAGAAUGUUUUUAAAAUUAUUUAUUAACUGCUUGUUAAUAUUAGUAAAGUCAAAAGUGCUGGGUUGUACUGUAGGCUUUGCUGAAAUGCAUCUGGAAGGCGACAAUGAACUACUGCAUGAUCACUUGCAAAAAGGUCACUAUAGAAACACAUAGAUGCCAUUAGUAAAAAUUAACUCUAAUAGACUAUCAUUUCUGGUCUAAGAGCGAACUAAUUGAGACAAUUUGGAAAGGCGAAUGGUGUUUAGAAGCCUAUGAAGUCUAGGAGAGGAAGGGUGGGUGUGUGCCAGUCAAUUUCUGUCACAUUAGAAUCACCUACGAUCAUUUUGACAUCGAUAGAAAGCUCUAAAUAGCCUUGAGAUGUUUACGUUCUAAAAGCGGGCAAGAAUGAUAAGAAACCAUACUCGUUCCCUGAAAGUCAUACGCUUAUUUUCGUGGUCUUAUUGUCUUCUUUUAGCUUUCCUAAUCUGGGUUAAUCCUCUUUGCACUGCACACAGUUCCACGUUGAAACUAGGGUACACAAACUCCCACAGGCUCAAGUUUCGUUCCUGGGAAGCUUUUAGAAGAAUCAAAUUACUAUUAUGGGGUCUUUGUCCUCUGAUUACUUCACAUGUCUUUUAGCUUGACUGACUUGAUGUCGCACUCAAAAAUACUUUUAGUGCGUUCAGAUUUUGGAGCGUAAGACAAAGUCGUUCGUUCUCAAGACCUGGCAGUUGGUUUGUUUUUGGGUGAGGACCUCAGUACUUUCUUCAUGAUUUCCGUUUUUAGUGACUGUCCCAUUUGUAUUUAGUGCCGAAAGUUUUGUGCGCGCUUAUCUUGUAAAUAGCUUCUGCCUGCAGUCAAAAAUUUGCUUGCCUAAUGAAUUCUCGUUCUCCUCUAUUGCGGACAGUAAUGUUAGAUGCAUCUACCUACGAUCGAAAACUGCGUGGUAUCAUUCAAUGAAAAAACAACCCAGAUGACUUAAUCAGGAUUCACCCAAAACUAUGCCGAAACAAUAUUUUCGGGUAUAUGAAAAACAACUUCCCUAGUAGCAUUUUAGUUGCCCAGGGCUAGCCCGUCGCGGGCUAUUCUUGUGAUUGGCUGACUCUUUUCGACAAUCUCUCCGUGCAGGAAUUUUUUCUUGUGACUGGCAUCACACACGCCGUCAGCCAAUUAGAUUACUAGCCCCGAACUAGCCCACAAAUCCAAACGGUCAACCAAAUGUCUAGCCCUGGGCGCCUAAAUGCUACCAUGGUUGUGUGUGUCUGCGCCCACGAAAAUUUGUGGCGCCUACAUCGAGAAUCACGAGAAAGCAUAGACGACUAAACGGACCCGCCCCUCCUUAUUCUUAGGAUUGCGUCUCCAUCGACUAGGUUGGUAAGUGGGCCAGCAGAAGUCAAGGGGUACCUAUCGCGCUGAGAUCCAAAUAAUGUCUCAGAACCGGAAAUCCUAUGCUCAGGUUACCCAAAAUUCUUUCCCCAACCGUAGCUACGCAUAUAAAUUUUGCGCAACACCAUCCUUGGGACGGCCAUAGUUGCAACUGAUUGGAAGCAGACCUUAGGUAACUCUAACCAAGCAGGUACCCUAGUGACCGGCAACAAAGUGUUGUUCAGUCAGCCUCACUAGUCUUGGAGGAGGUAAUCCGCGUUCGUCUGUGCUAGUUCUGUUCAGGUGGAGAUUUAUAAGCCUCGGCCAGCACGGUUUCCAUACGGAACCGUCAAAGGCAUUGCCUAUUAUCUUCAAAUAUGCCAAACGAUAUCCUACCAGCUUCCUCAUUACAGCAGAAAUCCCGAGCAGGAAGAUAGACAGCAAGAGAUACGUUGAGUCUUUUUGCUUCAUCCCAGUAUGGCCAUUCUCGGCUUAUUGAAAAGCCUUAUGGAUAUAGUCUAGCUUGGAACAUCAUCAACUAUGUUAAUAGCUCCCUGGAACACUGGAUCUUACCUCACCGGUACAUAGCAGGGUUCCUAAAAAGUCUGUGCUGAGGAUGUUGCUCUUUGCGUUACUGAGCCGGCAGGAAUAAUGUCAAAUACCUGUCAAGUGUUUGCAGAUGACAUCACUUUUUUAGGUCAAGAAUGUAUGCUUUCAUCGGAGAGGAUCUUGUUCAAGUUCUUGAAUGGAUUGACCAAUGAGAUACCGAAUCAGACACGCGAGAUUUCCAGUUUCCCGCCAGUAACCCAGAAUUAGGCUUCGAAAUGCGUCUGCACACAACAUUAAGUAACGAAGGGAUCCCAUAAACCAUGUCAGCUACCGGUUUUGAAGUAGAAUUUCCGUCAGUUUGGUACCAUCCUAACAAAUCAAACAAGUUGCUGAGACUAGAAGUAAACUUUCCCUUAUUAGACGUUUCCGUCGCCUCACUGAACGAAGCCUUGCCUACCGUACAUUAAAUUUGCUCGGCCACACCUCAAAAACUGCUCAUAGACGCCGUCUCCGUGCUUCGUAUGUUCCACUGAGGAUUUUGGAGAAAGUUAAAGGCCACAUGACUAGUAUUGUACUCCCCUUUCGACAUACAAACCCGGAGCAGCGCCUAAACAGGCACAAAUUCCUUACACUGUAGCAGCGCAGUCAACGCGCCGACCUUAUAAUGAUAGUUCGACCGUCGACUUUGACGAUGUUCAGUAUUCUUCACAAUAGGGUGAGAGCAGGGGCGGGGAUUUGCGCGCGAAAUAGCUUAUUGUGAUUGUAGACUUGCGCAGCAUCUACCGCACUCUCUCCUAUUUCCCCAUCAAGAUCUGGUAUCAAAACGGCCAGGAAGACGGGGGCGGAAUAGAGCACAGGUAGCUGGCGCGGUGAGAACCCGUGCCUGUGCUUGUCACCACCCCCUUGAUCCACAACGGACAAUGACCAAGAUCUCAUAUCGCAGGCAGGAGGAGACCUCCUAGAGGAGACCAUUCUAGACCCUAGUCACUGUCCGAGCCGAUCGGUUGUCUGGUGCGGGGAGUGAGCUCCCUGGCUGUCAUAGCUAGUGACCUCAUCUGCACGUGCCUCACCCACUAUCUAACCCUCUAAACACAGGCACCAAGAUUUCCAGUAGAAGGGAAUGGGCGGCAUGAGUCUCAUAUGCUUGAGGGUGCCAGAGGUCACGCUAAAAGGGAGCCAUUACAUCCUAACUCUCAGUCUGUCAGUCGGCCACUCCGCACAAACACUGCUCUGACCGCGAGGUCUUAGUUCCAUCGUCAGUUGUCAACCUUCCAAGCCACAACGCUUGGCGCGCCGUGAUAGUCUCAGAUUCGGAUCAUAUAUGCAGCCGAGGAACACACUUCCCACUCACUUGAGACGUGCUUAUUACGUGCUUGCGUUGUGUAAUGUUAGGUGUGGUCAUGUAUGCUGUAGGUGCUGGUGAGGAUAGAUGUGAUGGUAUGGUAUAGCCUGGGGUAUUCUGCCGCAGGUUUUCAUGAAGGCGUAUGUGAGCUAACAAGUCCAUGCUGUGAGCAAAUGUGUGUGGACAGUGUGGCGGAUGCGACGAGUGUAUGUCGGGGUUCGGGGAACUGGUUCACCGAUCACAGUUCGAUGGAAUCGCAAGUUGCCGACCAGGUCAAUGCGUGAGGUGAAUGUGCGGUCGCAAUGAGGACAGGUUGGGGUCGAGUCCCCACUGCUGGUCUUUGGGGCGGAGGUGGUGAAGAUAGUAGUUGAGGGGGCGUUGGCUACCGUAUCAUCACUGGUAGGAGCGGGAGAAGUGGCGGCGUUGAUGGAAAUGGCCGCUGUGAUCGGCGCAGGGGUUGAGGAAAGGAGGAUGAUGUCGAUGAUCGAGGGCGGCGGGACAUCGGCAAUGUGAUUAACGGUGAUGAGGAUGGCUGCCGUCGUGGGAUUUGAGGCAGUGGUGGCAGCAGGGGUGUUCGUAGGAGGAGGAGUUGGUGUUGUUGAGUUGUUGUUGCAUUGCAUCCCAAGCUUUCUGGCAAGGCCGAUUCGCGCCCAAAGUAUGCGUUGGCAGCGUGGGUAUGUUGAAAGCGGUUGGCUGUUGGCGUUGUAAAUCCGAGGUGCCUGUGACUUGGGAGCCGCCUUUUUGACUUUGGCGGCGGCGAUCUGGUCUUCACUGCUCUUCUCCAGGCCGGUCUGUCCUGGCUGAGGUCCUCUCAGGUGUCCGGUUUGAUAUGCAGUCGCAUCAGAGAGUCCUUUAAAGUGUAUUUGUAGUGCCGUUUUCGUCCUCCCUAUCGGUGAGCAACCGUAGCGACAUCUCUAUAGAAGAAUCUUUAGGUAGUUACACGUCGUCCAUCCUCACUAGGUGGCCGCUCCGCCGCAGUCGCGGUUGUCUCAACAUGGCGUGGGUGCGGAGGAUUCAGGUCCGGUCCAGAACUUCCGUGUCCGAGAUCCUGUCCUGCCAUUUCAGCCUCUGUACUCUGCGAAUGCAGCUGAGAUAGAAGUGAUUGAGCUUCUUGGCAUGGCUGAAGUAUACGGUCUAGGUCUCCACUCCGUACAGAAGUGUCGUCAAGACGACGGCUUUGUAAGCCAUUAGUCUGGUGUUCAGUUGAAAGCUAUGGCGAUUCCACACGGAGGCUUGCAAUUGGCCGAAGGCCUGGCUGGCUCCGGAGAGCCGAUGGACAACCUCGUCGUCGAUUUCUGUACUGCGUGAGAGUGCACUUUCUAGACAAGCAAAGUUAUCCACGGUUUUAAGUUGGGUUCCGUGGACAUUGAUUCGAUGAGUGUUGUAUUUCUUGUCGGGUGACGGUUGGCACAUGACAACCGUUUUGCCCGUGUUGGUUUUUAUUUCGAAGUUGGCGCACCCGGCGGCGAAGAGGACCAUGCUCCCUUGCAUGUCCUCUUUAAACGUGAUGUUGGACGUACAGUCGUCCGCGAAGAGCGGGUCUUGGACAGUAUUCGUAGAUAUUUGCGUUGGAGUCUGCAUGUGCCCGAUGUUUAGUAGAUGCUCGUCAGUUCUGCAGACGAUAUGCAUCCCAGGGCGCUCAUCGCGGCAGGCGUUUAUCAGCCUGGCGGAGAACAUGAGACUGAAGAGAAUGGGAGCGAGUACGCAGCCCUGCUUCGAUCCAUUGGCCAUUGCGAAUGCCUCGGAGAUUGCCCCGUUGUCCGUGGGGCUCCCCAUCAUCCAGUCGUGGAGUUGACAUAUCAAGUGCGUGAAUCGCUCAAGACAGCCGAAUUUCUGCAUGAUUUUCCACGUUCCAUCAUGAUGCACCGUGUCAAAGGCCUUGACCAGGUCUACGAAGGUAGUGUAGUGGUGGGUUCGCAUCUUCGGACAAUUCUCUUGUAGGUGGUGAGCGGCGAGGAUUAUGCAAAUGGUUCCGCUGUGUCAUCGAAAGACAUACUAGUUUGCCGGAAGCGGCCCUUGCUCACGGUGGCUUCUGAGACGAUUAAGAGAAAGGCAAGCGAAGAUCUUCCUGGCGAUGUUGAGCAACUAGAUGCAUCGGUGGUUAUCACAGAGUUGCUAGUUUCCUUGGCGCUUGUAGAGGUAGAUGAUAGUCUCGUCCCAUAAGCCCGCAACGUAAUAUUUCCCGAUGGCAGGAAAGGGACAAACAUUGUCUUUCUACUUGUAUGCUUGGCGCCACUACUAAAUAAAUAAUAGAUACCCGCUUGUGCGACCUUCUCCCCUGCCUAAUACUUCAUUUCAUUGCUUGCGUUUUAUGGCUUUCGCCCGUUUCCCACCUAAUUUAUCACUUGUCGUUUGGAGAAUUUUUAUUAUGGCCGCAGUAUUAUCACCUCUGUUGCGCUAUUUUUGGUGACUGCAGUUUGCCCGUUUGCCAGUUGCCCUGCCCGUAUCAUUGGAUUUGAGAUUUUCACCGGCCACUGCGGUGCUCAGGCCAGAUUUCGUAUCCGUGCGGCAUACUGUGUGACAGUCUGUUGCUUUAGCUCAGUCGCCUGCAUCCUUCUAGCAUUGGCGCUCAUGGUCUGCGACUUCCUUUUUGGGACACUGGAGAGUUGACUUAUUUCGCAGGCGAUUAUCGCUAUAGGCCGUUCCAAUGCCUACCAUUCAUGGAUACGCCGCGUAACCCCUGAGGGCUACGUCAAAAUACCUUCCAAUUGUUUUGGACAGCAUGCAUGCCGCCAUUUGUUCCCAUGUGUUGUUGCUAUAUCGCCUUCCGCUAUACACCAUUAUCCACUCCGUUUGAUUUAAAUAACUGGAUAUUUUGACUCUUGAACCAAGCUUUUAUCUUCAAGCCAAAAUAUUCUGUGGAAAAUGACCAUUUCUGACGGUGUGCGAACUGGUCAAUAAACAGUCGACACUUUGUUUUCUUCACUUAACAUGUACCGCUGCCUGGUGAGUCAUUAGGUGAAAAACGCGGUUCUAUGAUCGCCAGUUUUUUGCGGGUGCAAGUCCUAAUCUGCCUUUUGAAUACUAAAAUUCAGAUCUCCAACUGUAUCCUAUUUGCCGCGUUGUCGCACCCUCUCAUUGUUUGAAGCUGCCUUGCUCUCCUUUUGUCUGCACAGCCACUUUUCAAGGCCAUUUACUCCUCUCUUUCUCCCUCUCUUUCACCACAACAGUACUAUCGGGAAACGAAUGCCUACGUACGAUUCUGUAGUCUUGGGCGAGAAGACGCCUAUAGUGUUUGAUUUCGGUUCUGCGUGUAUCAAGUAAGCUUCCCCUCAUCCACCCAUCCACCCACUUCACCCAGGUGUGGAUUUGCAGGAGAGGCUUGCCCUCGUUUUAUUCUUCCUUCUCCCUUUGGAGACCCAGACUUGAAGGUAAGUGUCUUUAUGCGUUGUCUCCUACUUAGGACUUAUGGGAAUUUGUGAACAUUGGCACAGAAAUGCCUAAGCUUGACCUUAGCUACUGAAAUUUUUAAACUCGCGUUCGCGUGUUCUGGAGACCGAGCCUUCACGGUCUGAACUCGCGGUGUACGGGAGCAUUAAGCUAGCAUGGCGCCCAUCUGUCCGACAUAACUACAGGGCGGAAUGUAGGUUCUCCUAAUUGUCUUGGAACUCCGGUCUAGGCACCACCCAGACGGUAUCACAUCAAUGAGCUAUCAGUGUUUGAGACACAAUACCAAAAACAGGGAAAACUGGAGUGGCAAUUUGUCUUUUUUGCUGUUUUCAUCCAGCCAAACCCCAAACUCAGGCCGAAACGACUGAAUUCCCUCCUGCGACCAGGCUAAAACAUCGAACGUCACAAUUAAGUAACUGAAUUGUCUCUGUCUCAACCAACGUGUGUCCCUGGCGCAACCACCACUUGAGCUAGAACUCUAACCUCGUGUCUCGUGGCCUGGAGCUAUCGCAUAACUGACUGACGACGGCAAAUACAUCUUCCAUGGCCAUUUUAUUCUCUUCGGUCUUUUUGAUAACAUUUAACGGUGGUGGAAAGGCCCACACUCUCUCUUAGCUGGUCUUAAUGAAUUAGACGUCAAGGGGAGGUCAACUAUUCAACUUUAUUUGGCGUAACCUACCCUUUAGUCAUGUAGUUUUUAAUCGCGUCAUGUCUCAACUGCUGCUACUUUGUCCGAUAAUACAUUACUCCUCUCCCUGUCACCAUUUAGACUCCAAACCUUCGGGAACUUCUAAAAGAACUCAUUCACCGGCUCUGUUAUAGGCAAGUCUGCCUGCCCAUGUAUUCGGAACCUCUCAACUUCUAGGUACCUCAUUGUGAACCCCAAGGAUCGUCGUGUUGUAGUGAUAGAGUCCAUUAUGACACCCUCCAAAUUCAAGGAAACAUUGGGUGAAAUUCUAUUUAUGCACUUUGAGGUUUGUGAUCCGUCCAGUUAAUCCUCUCACGUCUUUGUUCAACAGGUGCCCUCCAUCGUUUUCGCUCCCGCUCAUGUUGUUUCUCUUUUCACCCUCGGCAUUUCAACUGCCAUGGUUCUUGACUGUGGUUAUAGAGAGGCACUGGUGUUACCUGUAAGCCAUUUCCUUCUCUUUUGCAGUGUCCUUCACGGUCUGUAGGUCUACGAGGGAUUUACCAUACUUGGCGCCUGGCAGUCGGGCCCACUGGGUGGAAAGCGCAUCCAGAGGUAGCAACUUGGCAGUUUUUACUUCUGUCUCUUUCAAAGGAGGUUACCGUUAAAUUUAUGUUUUCCUUCAGGAGCGAAAGUGCAGGUUUUCCUCCACCAUCCAUGUCGUUGUUGCUACGCUAAGCACCAAUACAGGUUUUGUCGGUCUAAUAGUCCCAGAUAAGAGUCGUUUAUGUUCAUGGUAGCCCACGGGAAUACUUUACGUACGAAGUCCUCAGCCUGUGGAAGGGAUACUCGUGCCUGAGGCGACGACAGCCUCAUUGGUUGGCAGCCGACAUUCCCCUAGCCUUAAGACAGUGGUGGUAUGUAGCUUUCCUUUAUUAGUAAUCGAUCUGCCUGGUCGGCGCCAAGCCACACCUGAAGGCGUUGCCUGUGUAUGGUUUACGACCGGUCAUUCGAUAGACCUGAUAGUCUGCUUAUUUCGCUGUGGGUCAUCGACAAAAACUACUUCACUGCCCGUCAAAUGUCAGUCCACUGGUCAGCCCGAAGCCAAAUGAGAAUAAUCCUCCAAGCGGACUACACUGCACCAAAUAAAGCAUUGUGCGCUGGCUGAAGCGAAGUCACGGGCGGCUGAAGUAGUUUGGAUGCGCUCUUCGACUCCAGCAGUAUUGUCCGAAGUUGCUGCCUAACGCGAGGCGACGUUCAUAAAGGUAUGGUGUUAAUUGUUGGAUCUACGGUAUUCUGUCUUCGUUGUUGAAGACGGACGGGUGUACAGCGCAAAACAUCGGCUGCCGCAAAUAAUGCAUGCUCUGCUUACUAAGAGUGCAACAGGCCAGACGCAGACGGCUGUUUCACGGUCGUUACCGAUCAUCAGUGCGUCGUAGGCCUUAUGCACGCAGAAGUACCAUUCACAACGCCUUUGAAGCCUGCUAGAUCGAACAUGGCAAUAAUGCGAGUUUUGUGGUUUCGAAUGGCCACUCGAUUUUCCGUUUAACAUGGUUUUCGCUCCAAACUGUUACCUUUCUUAUGUCCGGCUUUAACUGAGAGUCAUGAGACCCAUCUUACAUGGUUUUUAUAGUCGGAGAGCGCUCUAAAAUGCUCUUUUUGGAACUAUAACUUCUCAUUGAGACCGCUAUACUUUAUCGGUUCUACUUGACCUGUCGUCAUGCUGCCACCCAACAAUAGACAACUUAUAUCUAACCUUGAAAAUUUAAGGCGGACUUCGAAUCUAUCUCAGGAUUGUCCCAGCAUGUCAAAGUUAUUUCGGAACAUACGAACCAGCAGGGCAUUUUAAUGCUGCAGCCCUCCUUAUGAUUGGGACUGGUCCCCGUCUCGAACAAGGGACCACCAACAGGCAACUGAUAGCACCUGACGUCGGAGCCCCGCUAAUGCAUGUAACAACUUUCGUCAUUGUUGAUUUAGUCGUCUAUGUGCUGCGGAUUGACUGCAUCACGAUCAGUUGCCUUACACUGUUGUUUCUCUGUCGCAACGCAGACCGAAGACUGCAGGGUUAAGGGUGCACUUGACGUUGCCUUUCACAAAUUAUACUUUUUAGCUGGACCACCCCAACCCCGUCGCAAGACAGAGUCGGGUCCGGACUAUAUAACAUCCAGGACGAUUUAGCCGUCAUGUUGGUAAAUCACUUGGCGGCACCAUGCCUGCCGGCAAACAUGGAAGACGCAGUUGGCGCGUUGCGUUCCUAACCUAUUACAUAGGACAGUUAUUACGAGACUCGUCCGAAGACACGAUUUCGGAGAAAAGUACCUGAGUGCCAGCGAUCAGUUGCCUUCAGAAGAUGCAUUUCUUAUGACAACACACUCGUGCUUAAUAUCCAAAAAUUAAACGUUUCGGUAGGGCACGGGAAUAAGGACCCAUCCGUAUUACAAGUGGCCUUGCGCUAAAUUCCAGGAUGUUAGGGUUAGGGUUGGUAGGGCCAGAGUUAUGAGGGUUAGUUUUAAUUUGGAGAGUUAGUUUUAGAAUUAAAUUUGCCACUCGGGAAUAGGCAUCCCCUGGGACUUAGCGCAAAGCCACCUGUAGCACGAGAGGGAUCCUUCCAACCAAAUUUGACUCACUUGUCUUCAGUCCCCUUUCUGCCUUAACCCCGAUUCCGGAAGCUUCGACGCCCACUUAAUCAGCUGAUCGAUUCGACCCUCCCUGCAUGUCAGAAAGUUGAACUUAAGGCAUCAGAGAUCGUCCUUUAACCCCAGAAAUCACCCCUCUGCUGUGGCUGGACACCCCCUGAUGAUCGUCUUCCUUUUGGAGAUGUUGAUAUUUAGGUUCACGUCGGCCACGUUCGCGCUUAUCUGAAACGCUUCAGACUGCGUUUCUACAAAGGAGCUUGACAGCACCAAAACGCCAUCAGCUUUUUCAAGAACCAUAAUGCGUGUGAACCGCAACCUCAUAUAGCAUCGGCGUAAUUUGCAAGUGUGCGCCGCAGAAUAUAGUCUCACCCUGUCAAACAGAGUUGACAGGAAAACGUAGCCUCGGCGAACACCCUAGGUUGGGCUGUGGAAGUUACUCAGCUAAUCAUUCUCACGGCCUUUGGUCCUGCUUACUUCUCACCGUAAAAUUUUUCGUGCGGACCAUUCUCAUCAUUAUUGGCGUUGUUGUUGCCAGCUCGCUAGUCAUCGUAUGGCUAAUUGGGACUGGUGGACAGGACACACUUCUUUGACUGAAAACAUCGCCAAUGAAGUGCUGCUAUCCAUAUCGUACUUUAAGAGUUUUGUCUGUGUCAACUUGGGUAGUGUUACGGGCCUUUAGGCGCCUCGAUGUUUUCUAUCCCAGGCAUCCUUGGAGGUGCAGGAACGUUCCCACUAGACAUCAGAAAACGCCCUCAAGACGAUGUCGAUUUGGCCGAUGCCUCUGCUUUAUUGAUUAUUGUCCCCGCUUGUGUCAGGAGAAGGGCAAGAGAGGAGCACAUAGGGGUCAUUCGAGACGCUUACUGUUUGUCGUGCAUUAGCGCUAUUUUCUGGUGUUCUAUUGAUUAGCAACCUAUUUACUAUCUCAAUUGUCAACUCACAACCUUCAAUAUGCACAAACUACUGCCAACGUGGCUCAGGUGUUGCAACUUAGCCAAGUUUAGCAUGAACUGGGGUGGAAUCCUAAAUUGGAGAAUUUAGAGCGGACUUUGUCGAAAAACCUCAAGUAAUGGGACAUAGAAAGUCCUUAGCACUCUCAGGCGCAGCACCUUUCGUGUUCAGUUAUUGACAUAGAUGUAAUUCAGGAAUGUACCUUGCAUACAUGAUUUUCCGAGUAACUUUCCCUCCAAAUUUCAUUUUAGUGAUCUUGAAAAACAACUUCGUCAAUCCGCCUACCUGGUGGACGUGAGUUCCACAGAGCAACAGCAAAUACCUUUUGAUAGCGGUAAGCUGUCUUUGCUUCGCAACGAAUCUUCUCAACCCUUACCCUCAUGUUUUAGAACAUGUACAGUUAUCAGAGAGCCGUCUGGAGGACAUAAAGGGUAGGUUCUGCGUGUCUCCUUAAUGCUGUGCCUCACACAGUGCGCGCCUGUUUUGUCAGUCCAGCAGAAAGGGCCGCUUUGUGGAAUAACUGGCGCCUGUUAACCAAGGAGGGCACCGAACCGCACGACAACAUUCCCUUGCCCGAAUACGCGGAGGAGUCUUUUGCCUACCCGCUAGGCGACGACGGCGGUCAGUGUCUGCGGAUACCCUCGAGGCUACGGGAGACGGCCUGCGAAGGCCUCUUCACAGGAGACACCGACAACGUAACUCUGCACACGCUCAUCCUAGAGUCCCUCCUCCUCUGUCCAAUCGAUUGUCGUAGGUAUGUUUCCGCCCGCCCUGCUAGCUUGGAUUUGUCCUCAAUUGGCCACCUUCAAAUCCUUCGUCAUUAAGAUAAUAAUAAGCCUUCGUAGCAGUGUUAUGCUUCUCUUCACUGUCCCUGUAGUCAGCAAUUGAUUGACAGUGCAUCUUAGUGUUCUGACCGUCACUCACUCUGAAUCCCAUUGUGCUACAGUGAAGCCAGCAGACUGAGAUGAGGGUUUGAGGCGGUCGUUAGCAUAACAUAGCAGCUAGUUGCAGUAGAACGCGACGGCUGUCAGAACUCACUUUGCAAGACGCUUCCCUGCAAUCACUUGGCUAUGCGCCUUUCGUCCACGAAGGCCCGCUGUGUAAGUAGGUCUUCACUUAGCCAGCAUUUUUAGACCGUCGGCAAAACUUGGCCAUAACCUAGUGGCUACCUGGCGACAUGUGUAUCUGUUUAUAGCAUAGGCGAUGGUCUGCUUCCCCAUUCCAAUUGCAUCUACGCCAACUUACUCAUCCGACGCUUUCCAGCCUUUACCAGCCUUUCGCUUUUGGCAGCCAGAUUCGCGACCGAUACUGACCGGACGCCCGAAGCCGUUCAGAGCCACUUCAGUGCCAAAUAUUAUCACAGUGAUGGUGGUGAUGAUGUUGAUGAUGAUGAUUAUUAUUAUUAUUAUUUACGCAGCCUGCCAAUCCAUUACUGCCUUGUCGGCUUCCGUUGUCCGCAGAAAGACUGGUGGUGAUAAUUUCCUACUAAAUGAAAGGAGCUGUCCUUCUUUCACUAGUGGUGCCUCCUCAGUUUUCACCAGCGAUGGGAUUUGUUCCUCCCACUGCUGUACAAACAUCAGUCAGAUUGCGUUCCAUGUACCAUUGCGGUAAACCGUGGCAAUAUUUGUGUGCAGUUAGCGUCACUACUUAACGAACUCGAGCUGUGACAGAUUUCGCAUUGGGAGGCUUGUCUGCUGUGAGCAAGGCCUCGGCCCCGUUUAGUCGGCAUAAUUCGCCACCAUUAGUUUCUUUUCGUCGCACGAAGCAGACGUCCUUUGGACUGAGCUAUCCUCAUGCCAUCCCCAGGAGUACUUUGGUUGACCACUUCCGUUUGUCCAACUACGUUUCUGUUUAGUGUUCAACCGUGUGUCCCACGACGAGGUAGUCUCAGGGACGGUGAUUUGUGCUCGAAUUAGUUCAUAGUGCUCAUAGAUUUGCGUAGCAUUUACCACACGCCCUCUUCCUCCACCAUCCUGGGACCGGUGACAAGACGGUGGAAUCGGGCGCGGUGGUUGACAAAGCUAAACAGCCAUAGUGACAGCACAGGUAUUAACUAAAAGCCCAGACACAUUUUUCGGCGAUCUUUUAUCGCCGAAUGACGUAAGCGUAAGGGGCUCGGCUCAUCCACAAGUCCUCCAGCGUUCCUCGUGUGCAUUUUGACAUAUAGACUCCAGUUUCAGUACUGUCCCUUCCUUGGAUGUUAAUAUCGGUUUUUGAAUAAAUCCUCCGUAACGAAGCUUCUUUGGCUCGGUUCGAAAGCUGAUAAAUAAUAUUUGUGCUGAAAUCUAUCAGCUACUGCGAAAUAACCGCAUAAUAUUCAUAUCAGCCUUUGUUCUGGCGGAUUUACUGCAAGUUCGCCUGCUAUUUUCCGGCUCGGAUCCCAUCUGAGUGGGGGUGCUAUUGCAGCCUGACUCUCCGUUCUGAGGGGACCGAGUUCUGCCGUCAGUCGGCAGCCUUCCAGACCACGACUUUUAGUGCAUCGUAAUAGUUUAAAGGCUCGCCAGAUUGUUUAUGGCUUAAGGCCAUGGUUAGCAGCCACCACCACCUGCACAAGGCACAUGGAGCCACCUAUCAUCCCGACACGAUAUACCACCUAACAGGACAUCCCUAGAUCCUUGAUGAGGUCCGGGCAACGCCCCAAGCUCUCUACUUUUUCUUUUGCCUUCACUCCGGAUGCCAGGUUGUCUGAAGCAUAAUAACUUUGCCCUGCGGUAGAGCAAUCGGAAUAUCUAGCUAACAUGACCAGAAGCUGAUUUCAACAACUGGAUCACCGCUGAACACUACCCCAUAAUGGACCUUAUAAACCCCCCAGUAGUCAAAAUAACAAGAAAAUCGAGAAGACUGCAUCAUAGAGCUCACAUUUCCCGCCUGUAUCGACCAUACACUCGCUGGCUGCUACGGCCAGUCUGGACUUGUGUAGAAAUCUAGUCACUGUCGUUUACGUGAACUGACUAAAACACUAACAGUCUUAAUACUAGCCUAUCCGCUGGCCGUAAAUCUCUGCACAGUUUCCCCUCAGCCUUUAACUAAGCUAGCACGAAAACUUUCGGGUUUUUUCCGCAAAAGCGCCUGACGAAUUUGCUCUACAGUUGCGUGAAGUGAUGCUCACUGUUGAAUUUUGUCAGAGCGCAAGCUUUUUCACCGGUGUGCCAGUUCAUUACAGACAGUAUUUAGUGCCAUCUAAACUAGCCCUUUCCAAUUGCGUCUCCACAGGAUCUAAAAGCAAAAUAUUGCGUGUAAUGACUUUCGCUACAUAGAUAGGGCUCCGUCUCCAGCGCCCACCGGCGUGGUUUUCCACGGAACAGUUUCCUUCUUAUGUGAAAAAAAAACACAACUGCCUAUUUUGCCUGUACAAAGUCAAUGGCUCAGCUUCCAUUGAUGCUGACAGAAUGUCAUUGGCCACCGAUGACUGUCACCACUGUCGAGUUAAUGCUAGCUCAUACAUCCCAUGCAUCACAGACUAUCCGAUUCCGAGCCCAGAUGUUCGAUCUUCACGCUCGGCUUCCUCGCUGCCCGAGUUUUUGUUUCGUCAUUCCUUCCUCACUUUGUUGAAUUGCCAGAAAGACCCUAUGGUGACAUGGGAACGAUCGGACCAAAUCGUCCGAAACGUCCAGAGUAAGGUAACGGGUUAUCAACCGGCACCGAAGUUCCGUCAGACGGCUCUCUUGUAUUCUGCGAUGCAGUCACCAUCUGCGCUUGCCUCUGUCCGGGUCUGCAGUCUGUGUGCCUUUUACGUAUUGCACAAUCUACGCCAUCCAUGCAUUCCCUUUAACUUUUUUUAACUCCUUCAGGCAGCUGAUUGAAAACAUUGUCUGUAUCGGUGGCACCUGCAUGACGCCCGGUUUUCUACAUCGCCUCAAUGAGGAAAUUAAGAGUGCCCUCGAGUUGCCACGUUACGCCUCCAUUGCCGCCCUGAAAGACUCCAUCAAGUUCCAUAAUCCACCGUCGAAAGCCAAUUAUACCGCCUGGCUUGGGGGUAAGGCGCUAUCGCUCCUCUGGAUUGAGUCCAAACCCCUCUUUUGUGUUUGUUUUCCUGCCAGCUUAUACUGCCGUCUAGGUCUGUUAGGUAUUUGGUCCCGUGACGUUGCUUUUCCUGUCUAACCAGAACUUAUGUCGCUCUGGUCUCAUUUAAUAACUUUUUACUUCUCUACCUGUCCUCCGUCUCACCUUUCCAGCUUUAUGAAUUAUUUUCAAUCCUUCCCAGACGUUUACCUAAAUAAUUGACAGCUUAAACCACUGCGACGAAGAGGCGAAAAGCUGUUCUGUGUGCAUAGCGACUAAUUGAGUAAACGACCCUUCUAUGGGAUGCCAUAAUUUCAGUAGCGAUACGGUUUUACAACCCUCGGUGAAUGAGCUAAUCGGAGUGUCGUGUUCAAGAGAGUUCAAAAUCGGUGCGUGUCUGAACUAGCCACAGGAGGCCUAUUUCUGGCCAUCCGCUGUGAUAGUAGCACUGAAGUCUAUACAAAGUACAGUUAAGUCCAGGCGUUCAACUACUGGCAUCAGCCGAGAUAUUACCUCAGUAUAGCUGACUUGAAAGCUUGUUCUGAAUUAUUUAAGUCUUUAAUCCUCCGAGGAGGCUCUUUGCUGGCUGUUCUAUGGAGCCUAUGAUAAUCUCUGCCACUAAAUCCAGACAUGUUUAAAAUUCACGACCAAACACAGGGGAUCGUGCUAAGGAAAGCACUUGGUUCAUUUUCGGCCAUUGCUUUGCACCUAACGGACCGACUUGAAACACGUCUGCUACCUUAACAUCUAGGUGAUCAUUAUUCACGGUUACCCUUAGUCAUGUGAGCUAUCGGUACAUUUCCUUAUCGAGAUUGCAGUCCGAAGAAAAAUUCCAUUAAACUGCCUUUUGUUCAGUGCAUUCCUCUUCCUUUCUCCACAAUGAAAUGACUUCUGCUCUAAGUUUGUCUGAUUUUCGUAAGUCGCAUAGUCAACGUUGCACCAUAGUCAUUUUACUCACACUUCUCUUUAAUUCAAAUCCCUACAGGAUCCAUAUUCGGAGCCCUCGAGAGUCUUCCCGGUCGAUCUUAUAGCCGAAGCAAGUACUUAGAACAGAAGACAAUUCCUGAUUGGUCGACAAUCUGGGAGACAGACACCACCGAAAAUAGAGAUUUCAUACAUACGCGUUAG